CUAGGGUUUCGGACUUUCGUUGUGCACCGAGUUAGUGUUCGCAGGUUACGGAACUACAUUUAAAAAAAGUUAUUUUAUAAAAGCUUUUCGAUUGUAGAGAUUGACAUGCAACCGCUUAAGUGCGCAUAAUAAGUAUAGAACAAGGUAUUGUUUCAAGUGUAUAUAGGAAGAGAGAAGUCUAAAAUGUCACAUUUAAUUUUCCUGGCGGUGUUGUCAAUCAUAAUUUUCCAAACUGCAUCCGGAGCGAGUGUGUGCAGUAACGGCUGUCUUGAAGCGGCCGCCCCCCGGAGACAAGAGACCGAGGAAAUCCUAGGCUUCGUCGUAGGAGAUCAGGACUUCUUCAACAGGGACCUUGAACACGAGAGUCCUGUCGUCGACUGGCUGGAGGACAAGGGCGCCCCGGAUUGGGGUAGAAUGAUCAUGUUGCAACGACGACAUGCCAUUUUGCCUUGGCCGGAUGCUCUGAUUCCUUACGUGGCGUGGGGAGACAAAAGGACGAGGAGGAUAGUGAACGAGACCCUCACCAUCCUCCAGAGGAGCACCUGCCUCACGUUCAAGGCCCGCACGGACGAAACCCGAUACCUGAUUAUCAAGGAGGGUCACGGAGGAUGCUGGACCUCGUCUGUAGGAUAUCCGCCUAGAGAUAAGAAGGUGAUAAUCAACUUGGGCCUAGGAUGCAGGUUCCCAGGAUUGAUCAUGCACGAAAUCUUGCAUGCCGCUGGAUUCUUGCAUGAACACACACGUCCGGAUCGAGGAAAUUAUAUUCAAGUCAAAUGGGAAAAUAUUCGCGAAGACGCGAGGAAGAACUACGGGGUCGACCUGAGGUACAGCAGCCUGGAUAUUCCCUACGAUUACAAAUCCGUCAUGCAUUACGGGAGGUUCACUUUCUCGAAGGCUUACAGACGCCCUACCCUGGUUCCCACGUUUCCUGUAGCAGGCGAACUCGGCGGUGCAUCACUCACGCCUCUAGACAUACGAAGGAUCAAUACCUUUUACAAAUGUAUUUAAAAUGAAGAUUAAAUUAUGAAAAACGAAAAGAGUGUGAGUUCAUACAUGAUACGAAAGGCAGAUGUGCGAGUUUCUGAUAAUGCUUAGAUGGCCGUAUAAGUGACUGGAAGUUGAUAUGAUACAGGAAUGAUUUUGUAAUAUAGAAUGAGAACUUAGUAUUGCGGACUGUAAGAUGAGGCAAGGAUUUGCAACGCCUGUGAUGUGAAGUUACCGGUCACGCAUUUCUCGUUCAUGCCUUUUUCAAACUCAUUAAACCUCAUUAGCACUAAUUGUGACUUGUCGAUGGCUUGGCGCAGAUGAAACUGUUGAGGCGAGUGACUAUACUGCCGAAUUAUAGAAGUGGAGGAACAGACACAGGUGGACAGGUACAUACACAGCCAUAUGCGCACAUAUGAACGUAUAGCUUUCCAGACACAUACAGAUGUAUUUAUUUUUCACUCACACAUUUAUAAACACA